AAUCGUGGACGUGACUGGGAGGAGCCUGCCCGCCCCGACUCUCUCUCGGCGCCGCGCGCACAGGGGCCGCCCAGCGACCAUGGCGGAGCCCACGGUGUGCUCCUUUCUCACCAAGGUGCUGUGCGCCCACGGCGGCCGCAUGUUCCUGCGGGACCUGCGCGGCCACGUGGAGCUGUCGGAGGCCAGGCUCCGGGACGUGCUGCAGCGCGCCGGGCCCGAGCGUUUCCUGCUGCAGGAGGUGGAGACCCAGGAGGGCCUCGGGGACGCGGAGGCCGAGGCGGCGGCCGGCGCGGUGGGCGGUGGCGGCACCUCCGCCUGGAGGGUUGUGGCCGUGUCCUCUGUGCGCCUCUGCGCCCGCUACCAGCGCGGCGAGUGCCAGGCCUGCGACCAGCUGCACUUCUGCCGCCGGCACAUGCUGGGCAAGUGCCCCAACCGGGACUGCUGGUCUACCUGUACCCUUUCCCAUGAUAUCCACACACCUGUCAACAUGCAGGUGCUGAAAAACCAUGGACUUUUUGGUCUCAAUGAAGCCCAGCUUCGGAUCCUGCUUUUGCAGAAUGACCCUUGUCUUUUACCAGAGGUCUGUUUGCUCUACAACAAAGGGGAAGCCCUCUAUGGCUACUGCAACCUGAAGGAUAAAUGCAACAAGUUUCACGUGUGCAAAUCCUUUGUCAAGGGAGAGUGCAAACUCCAGACCUGCAAACGGUCCCAUCAGCUUAUCCAUGCUGCAUCCUUGAAGCUGCUGCAGGACCAAGGACUGAAUAUUCCAAGUGUUGUUAAUUUUCAGAUAAUCUCCACCUACAAGCAUAUGAAGCUGCACAAGAUGCUUGAAAAUACAGAGAAUUCAUCGCCUUCUACUGAGCAUUCACAAGGCCUUGAGAAGCAAGGAGUGCACGCGGCUGGAGCUGCGGAAGCCGGUCCUCUGGCUUCUGUCCCUGCUCAGUCGGCUAAGAAGCCCUGCCCAGGUAAACCUUAAAGGGGGUCAGUGAACUAAGAAGAAGCUUGUCCAGCUUGGAAGAUCUGAAAACAAGCCUUCUGUUUAGCUUUAAUUUGUCACCAUUCAUUCAUUUAAUGAUAGAUUUGUAAUGGUCAUAAUAACAUCUACCUCACAGUGUGUUGUGAGAAGUAAAGAAGAUGGAAAAGGAGAAAAUGUCCUUUUGGAAGAAUACAGUUGGGCAUGGGUGGUUGGGGAUGGGGUUGGAUGUUGAGCAGGCAAAGAGGCUAAAAUUGAGUGCAGAUGGGGCCAGUCCAGGGCAAGUGCUGAAGAUUGCAGCUUCUACCUGCAGUUCCUAGGUGCUUUCCUCAGGCUGGGUGGAUGGAGCUCUACUGACUUUUGUGGUCUACCAUAGUUUUUCUGUCAGUUUAUAUUGUGGCAAUCAUACAGUACUUUGCACACUUUUUUUUUUUUUACUUAAUAUUGUUUCAUAAGCAUCUUUCUAUAUUUGUUCACAUCAUACAUAAUCAUGUUUUUGCACAGAUACAUUAAUAUCUCAUAGUUUAUUUAACUACUUGCCUUUUUCUAACAAUUUU